AUGGCACCUAGAAUCGUCGUCGUCGGAGGUGGCUUGUCUGGCUUGAGUGCUGCGCACACAGUCUACCUCGCUGGCGGGAACGUCGUUGUCCUUGAUAAACAAGGUUUCUUUGGAGGCAACUCCACCAAGGCCACCUCUGGAAUCAAUGGUGCUCUUACCCGGACACAAGUCGACUGCGGCAUCCAAGAUAGCGUCAAGCAAUUCUACGAUGACACCCUGAAGUCUGCAAGAGAUAAGGCGAGACCGGAUCUGAUCAAGGUCCUGACAUACAAGUCCGCUGCUGCUGUUGAGUGGCUUCAGGAUGUCUUCAACCUGGAUUUGACUCUUGUCUCACGGUUAGGUGGCCACUCACAACCAAGAACUCACAGAGGGCACGAUGCCAAGUUCCCUGGAAUGGCAAUCACAUAUGCGUUGAUGCAACGCCUAGAGGAGCUCGCCGAGACCGAACCCGAGCGAGUGCAAAUCAUCAAGAAGGCCCGUGUAACUGGCCUCAACAAGGAGGGAAACAAGAUUACCGGUGUCAAAUAUGAGCACAACGGAGAGGGCUGCUCUGUCGACGGACCAGUCAUUCUCGCAACCGGUGGCUAUGCUGCUGAUUUCACAGAGACCUCCCUUCUCAAGAAGCACAGACCCGAUACAUUCCAUCUCUCAUCCACCAACGGUGUCCAUGCCACCGGUGAUGGACAGAAGAUGGUUAUGGCCAUUGGAGGCAAUGGCAUUGAUAUGGACAAGGUCCAGGUCCAUCCUACCGGUCUCGUUGACCCCAAGGAUCCUGACUCCAAGUGGAAGUUCUUAGCCGCUGAGGCUCUCCGUGGUGAAGGUGGUAUCCUCCUGAACGCCGAUGGUGACCGAUUCUGCGACGACCUCGGCCACAGAGAUUACGUCUCAGGAAUGAUGUGGAAGGAGAAGGAGAAGGGCAAGUUCCCCAUCCGUCUCGUCCUCAACUCAAAGGCCUCAACCGCCCUCGAUUUCCACACCCGUCAUUACUCCGGCCGUGGCCUGAUGAAGAAGAUGACCGGCCACGAACUCGCCAAGGAGAUUGGCUGCACACCAGAGCAUCUCCAAAAGUCCUUCACCACGUACAACGACAUCGCCGACGGAAAGAUCAAGGACCCAUGGGGCAAGAAGUUCUUCCACAACGGCCCUCUAGACAUCAAUGAUGACUACCACGUCUCUGUCAUGGAGCCCGUCCUCCAUUUCACCAUGGGCGGCAUCGAGAUCAACGACAAGGCCGAGAUUCUCAACUCGGAAGGCAAGCCCUUCGAGGGCCUAUACGCCUGCGGUGAACUCGCGGGUGGUGUCCACGGCGCCAACCGUCUCGGUGGUUCAUCCCUCCUUGGUUGCGUCGUCUACGGCCGUGUCUCCGGCGAGACAGCAAGCAACUACCUCUUCCAGAAUGCGCUCAAGGGCAGCGCCGGCGGUGCCUCGCAACGUCUCGGCCAAAUCUCCCUGCACCUCGACCCCUCGCAACCGGGUAAGAUGACAGUUGAGUGGGAUACCCAAGGCUCCUCCUCAGGCGGCGGAUCCCAACAAGCUAUCUCGGCCGCACCUGCGUCUGGAAAUACCGCAGGCGCCAGCGUCAAGCCAGCGGCGUUCCAGAUCCCCGAGAAAGAAUUCACCAUGGAGGAGGUAGCCAAGCACAACACGAAGGAGGACCUAUGGGUCGUAGUCAAGGGCGUGGUGAUGGACCUGUCGAACUGGCUCGAGGAGCACCCAGGCGGACCCCAGGCGAUCAUGAACUUCAUGGGCCGGGACGCCACCGAGGAGUUCGAGAUGUUGCACGACGACGAGGUUAUCCCCAAGUAUGCUCCCGAUCAGGUUAUCGGACGGGUCAAGGGACAAAAAGUUACAUUGGAGCUUUAG